AGAGAGAUGGACACAGGGACAAACGGUCAUGGUCAUUUAGACCAUCUCUCUCUCUCUCUCUCUCACUCUCUCUUUCUCUCUCCCUCUCUUUCACAUAACCAGUGUCAGAAUCAGCCAGGCAUUGAAAGCCCUACACUUUGGACUACACAAUGGAAGAAGCUUAGUAUGAGCGUCUGCUCAUGGAUAACACUUGAAGGCAGAUGAGGGAUGUGACCUCACCUUUUCACCCCUAGUUGCACCCUACCUGUCACCCUCUCCUCCCUCUCCAGUCUUCUUAUCUCAGGUGUGUGUGUGUUUGACCCGUGAGCAGCGAUGGGAGACUGGAGUCUACUGGGGAAUUUCUUAGAGGAAGUCCAAGAACACUCAACCUCGGUGGGAAAGGUCUGGCUCACGGUCCUCUUCAUCUUCCGCAUCCUGGUGCUGGGCACGGCCGCGGAGUCGUCCUGGGGCGACGAGCAGAGCGACUUCCUUUGUGACACCCAGCAGCCCGGUUGCACCAACGUGUGUUACGACAGCGCCUUCCCAAUCGCUCACAUCCGCUACUGGGUGCUGCAGAUCGUUUUCGUCUCCACACCUUCACUCAUCUACAUGGGCCACGCCAUGCACACGGUGCGGAGGGAGGAGAAGGAGCGGAGGAGGGAGCAGGAGGAGAGGGAGGCCAGAGGAGAAGGAGGAGGAGACCUGGAGGUGGAGAAGGAGUACCUGCAGCAGAAGGAGAGCGGUAGAUUAAUGAGUGAUAGGGGUAGUCGUGUUCGUCUGAAAGGAGCACUGCUGCAGACGUACAUGCUGAGCAUUUUGAUCCGCACGGUGAUGGAGGUGACUUUUAUUGUGGUGCAGUAUAGGAUAUAUGGAAUUUUUCUGAAAGCAUUGUACCUCUGCAAGUCCUGGCCCUGCCCCAACCCUGUCAACUGCUACAUGUCCCGGCCCACGGAGAAGAACGUCUUCAUCAUCUUCAUGCUGGUGGUGGCUGGUGUGUCGCUUCUCCUCUCUGUGCUGGAGCUCUACCACCUUGGCUGGAAAAGUGUAAGGAGGUGUGUUCACAAGAGAGCGAUUGAGAGGAAGAGCCAAAGAGCGGUUACGGUGGCUGUGUCUGCAACCCUUGAGCCAAACAGCCCCCCUCUGCCCUCAGCCUCGUGCACUCCACCUCCAGACUUCAGCCAGUGCCUUGCAGCCACAAGCUCCAUGACACCAAUGGCUUCCAUGGCCUCUCAACCUUUCAACAACAGGAUGGCGCUUCAGCAGAACUCAGUCAACUUAGCCACCGAGCGGCAUCACAGCUGCGACAACCUGGAGGACGAGGAAGAUUUCCUUAGAAUGAGAUAUGAACAAGCGCCCUCAGAGCUACCCAACACCUGCUCGCAGUCCCCUCUGCUGCACACUGGCUUUAUGAGGGAGAAACGCCGCCUGAGUAAGACCAGCGGGUGCAGCAGCCGCGCUCGCCAGGAUGACCUGGCAGUGUAGACUCACAACCAGUAAGAGUGUCCGUUAAAGGAAGGAGAAGGGACAAAGCGAUCAGUGAAGGAAAACCCAAAGAUGUGUCUGAACGUGGCUACACAAACUAAAUAUGCAAACUUUAGGAUUUAAAGCCAGACACUUGACUUCAGAUAAAUACUGAAUCGCUAGGAAAGAAACACUGUGUUACGUGAGUGAACCAUGCAAACGUUACAUGCAUGAGAAAUGUCCAAGAGCUUGAAAAUCAAACAACCAAACUGCAAAAAGGAGAAAUAAUUUUGAAAUGAGAACAGGGUAACAAGUUCGAUACCUGGCUAUUGCACAACAGUUGAAGCCAAAGACUAAGCAAAGUGUGAAUGAUGGCAGGAAAAUGUUUCUUUAUGAAGCAAAAUACCAAAAGAAAUCUCAUCUGUUCCAUCAACGGAAAGUUUUUCUUCCCUUUCAAAUACAAAUAUACACAUGAGAUAAGUCAGGGAUUAAAUAUGCAGUAACUUUUGAGAUAUUUUUUUGGUGAGCAUAUUUUUGGGUGAAUCAAGGUUAAGUGCCUUAACUAGGGAGAAAAUAUUUUCUUUACCUAAAAAAUAUUUUUUCAAAGACUGCAAGAAUACUACAAAUUCCAUCCCACUCAUUCAUCUUUUGACUUUUGGACCUUUGAAACGGGUCAAACAGCCAUAAAAUGUGACUCAGCAGUAAAUAUCAUCAGAUUUAUAAGUGUGAGAACGUGAAAUCAGAGGUUUGUGAGAAGCAGUGGUGAGAGAUUGUAGCCUGUUUCAGGAUUUUCCUUUUGAAAGGGGUUCAAGGGAAAAAAAGAAAAAAAGAAGAGCUCCUGUGAGGAUGCUUUCAUGAGGAGAUUCUGCCACUGGGUGGCAGCAUUGCACUUACAUUUUUCACUUUCUCUCUUAGAGCCUUCAUGUAGAUAUCCUGAUAUGUUCCUAUGCAAUGUUUGUUUCUGUUGAUGUCUUUGAAUGUAUUUUUAUUUCAUCUCUAGUGUCUUUUUCUUACUGUACACAGAGUCAUACUUCAUGUUAUGUGUGAACAGUUUCAAAAUUAUAAUCAUCCACUUCAACUACAAUAAACAUCCACUGCAACUACAACUUCUUCCACAGCAAACAUGCAUUCAAAAACCAGAACCUUGUCCAGCCUGCUCUAUAUUCACUGUAGUUUCUUAUGUUAGUCUCUCUCUCAGACACCUUCAUGCAACAAAUGUCAAGUUAAUAAAUCAUCAACUGUUCAAUCUGA